AUGCCCAACGACGGCAGCUACCAACUCGACCACGAGCGACCAAAUUUGACACCGAGCCCGUCCUAUCCAAACGGAGCAUACCCCCCACCUAGCUUACCGCCUGCCUCGCCGGCCCUCAGUGCUCACAGCGACCCUCGACGGAGCGGUGAGCGCAAUCGAUCUCGAGGACGGGGUGGCGGAAGAACAGCCAGCGGACAGCUCCGUAUCUGUGCUAAAUGUGGCGAGUCACUAACGGGUCAAUUUGUGCGGGCACUAGACGGGACUUACCAUCUCGACUGCUUUAAGUGUCGUGAUUGCGGCCAGAUAGUGGCUUCUAAGUUCUUCCCCGCCGACGAUGAAGAGACAGGUGGCCAAUAUCCCCUUUGUGAGACGGAUUAUUUCCGACGGCUUGGUCUUUUAUGUUAUCAAUGUGGUGGUGCUUUGCGUGGGUCCUAUAUCACAGCUCUCGACCGCAAAUACCAUGUUGAUCAUUUUACUUGCUCACUUUGUUCGACCGUAUUCGGAGCGCAGGAUAGUUACUAUGAACACGAUGGAAAUGUGUACUGUCACUACCAUUAUUCGACGCAGUUUGCCCAGCGCUGCAAUGGUUGCAAAACUGCCAUCCUUAAGCAGUUCGUCGAGAUAUAUCGCAAUGGACAAAAUCAGCAUUGGCAUCCCGAGUGCUAUAUGAUCCACAAAUUCUGGAACGUCCGUUUGACUCCUCCCCAAGAAUCGAGCGAACCCCGCCCCGAACCCGUCGACGCAGAAAGUCGUGAACGGGUCCGACAAGAAGAAGAAGAUAUGGAAAAUAAAGUGUAUCGAAUCUGGAGCGUUUUAUCGACAUUCGAAGAAUCAUCAGCGGCAUGCAUCUCGGAUAUGCUGCUUCACGUUAGCAACGGCGUGUACAUGGAUGGGGUUUUUGUCGCUAAGAAAUUCAUUAUCCACGUGGACAUUCUGUUCCGGUCGGCAGAUAGACUCGACCAGACGAUGAAGCGACUUGAGAUGAACGAACUGUCCUAUGCCAGAGAAGCGAAAUUACUCUGUAAGAAGAUUGUAGCUUUCUUUUCGUUAUUAUCUAAGAUGCAAGACACGGGUGCGCGGAAAAUCGGUGUAACCCAAGAGCUCUUGUCUCUCGUCACGGGUCUGGCACAUUACCUGAAGCUUCUCAUCAGAAUCUGCCUCCAAGGGGCGCUCAGAGUUGAAAAGGAGCACAAUACCCCAGAUGCCUUAUAUCAAUUCCUUGAAGAUUUGGGUGUACUGGAAUCCAUCAAAAGUGACGACGAGUCCUUGCACAUCACGCUGGGCAUGUCGAGGCUCUCUGCUAGUGAUUCUGAUCACUGCACCUUGUGCCGGAAACCCAUUGAAGAUGAGUGUGCUUUGAUUGGGGAUAAGAGAUGGCAUCUACAUUGCGUUACAUGCGCACGAUGCAACAAAGAACUGGGUAGGAGCCUAGAUCAGGCUCGUUUACAUCGAGACCAUAAUAUUUACUGCACAAAUUGCGAGAAUCAGCUCGAAGCUCGGGGUCAGCCGUUAGAACGAAUAACGAAGCUUCAGCAGUACAUAUUCCUAUUGAAGGUCGCCUUAGCCCGGUUAUUAGAAAUUCUUCGAACCAGCGGCGCCCUCCCGCAUACUACCGAUGACGCAAGUCUCAAUGGCUAUGGUUCUGUUGACGGUAAUCGUGUAUCAGACGAUGGUCCUGGUAUGUUGCGAUCGGAUUCCCGAUCCAAAUCCUUUGGUGGCGAAAGGGAACGGCACCAAAGGGAGUCGUCUUAUGAGAAUACUCUCAACGACGUGCGUCGACUUAGGAGUACGCGUCUCGAUAAACACCUAUCAUCUAGCCUUAGGAAGGCCCGAACAUCGAGAAUUAUGGAUGGGCCAGAAGGCCGCAGCGUUCGUCCUGGCUCUGCUGGCGCAGAUAUGAGUUCACAAAACAAGGUGAUGCAAAUCGAGGAAGAUCGAGAACCGGGUGGCGGUGGCACGACGGAGCAGUAUUUCGGACACCAAGAUGCGCUAACUCUCGAUGAUAUCCCUCGGAUCGUUGCGGCCGAACAAGCACGAGAGCAGCAACCCAACCCGUACAGAGCUUCACGUCAAGAACUUUUCCGAUCCGCUACUACAGAAGCUGCGUAUGGUAGUGCUGAUAGGAGUCUCUCUGCUGGACGGGAUGUGGAGCAAAGAUUAUUAGGAGAUCCAUCACCACAGAGGGACGGAAGAAAGUUUUUCUCCGAACUCUCCGGUCUUGAGUACUUCAUCGUCCGGCAUGUUGCGGUUCUUACGAUGCAGCCAAUGCUAGAACCGGAAUUCACUCUUGAUGAAUUGCUUGGUCUCAUCGAAGCACGGAAGGCGCCAAAUUUCUGGAAGGCCUUUGGCAAGGCUUUUGGUAAGAAUGACCCCCGCAAGGGUGCGAAAAAGAAGGGUGUGUUCGGAGUUCCCUUGGAAGUAAUUGUUGAACGUGACGGCGCCGACUCUACAGAUGGCGUGGGGCCAGGUGCCUUACGUAUACCCGCCAUUAUCGAGGAUACUAUCACAGCCCUAAAGAAUAAGGAUCUUUCGGUUGAAGGUGUCUUCCGCAAGAAUGGAAACAUCAAGAAGCUCACUGAGCAAGUCAACGCUGUUGAUAGGGAUGGCUGUGAUGCCAUCCGCUGGAAUGACGAGACUCCCCACCAACUUGCAGCACUGCUCAAGCGAUAUCUUCGUGAAUUACCAGAUCCCUUAAUGACGCAAAAGCUUUACAGGGUCUGGAUAGCAGCAACCAAGAUCAAAGAUGCCGACAAACGACGACACUGCUUACACCUCACCUGUUGCCUACUCCCACAAAUCCACCGAGAUACGCUAGAAGUCCUAUUCAGUUUCUUAAAAUGGGUGGCUACUUUCCACCAGGUUGAUGAGGAUACUGGAUCCAGGAUGGACGUACACAAUCUUGCGCGUGUUAUCGCCCCGAAUGUACUCUACACCACCGAGAAGAGCCCAAGCUUCUCAGAUGAGCCUAUGACUGCGGUAGCAUGUGUUGAGGAAUUAAUUCAGUACAAUGAGGAAAUGUGCAUGGUCCCCGCCGAACUCAUGGAUGUUUUGGGUGACUCGACUUUAUUCAUGAACAAUGGCGAGAUCACGACCAAGGAGAUUCUCAAGCGGAUCGAGGGCCGAAGUGCCAAUGGAGUUCCCAGGCAAUAUGACAGCACUGAAUACAUUGGCCGACAAGAGAGCAGGCGGCCAUUAGCUACUAGGGUUGCUACAGACCCCGCCGCAUGGCAGCAAGAAAGUAGCGUACGCCCUGUGCAAGAGCCAACAAUUCCAUUCACAACUCCCUCAGGAACGCCACCGCCACAAAAUUGGCGUAAACCGGAUAAUGGGCAAUCACCUCACGGAAGCCAGUACGAGCGGCCGGAUAAUCAGGCCAAGCUCCCCGAAAAUGGCCAACGCCGCGAAUGGCGAAACUCAGGCUGGGGUAGACAAAAUAGUUCUGUCACGACCGGUACUGGGUAG